UCCCUCCUAACUAGGUGUAAUUAAAUGUAUAAAGUGUCUUCCGAUCAGUUAAUUUAAAAGACAGACACAGACCCAGAAAAGAGUUUUCAUGAUGAAGGUGACAGAGAUUAAUUUCAGAAAAUUAUCGUCUUGACGCGAUAGCGAUAGCAUGAAAGGAGGUGUCUAGCCUUUAAUUUUGAAUACUAGUUAAGAUCUUCGUCCCCCCAAAAAAAAUUUUGUUGAUAACUAAGCACGUAGGUCUCUUUCUCAUGGCCGGAGGUGUGGGAUCCAGACGACUCAGAAAACAGUGUAUUCUUCUCAUAGUGGUAGCUGGUUUGGAGAGGUUCGCCUUCAAGGGGGUGGCGUCAAACCUGGUAACUUACUUAACAGAAGUAGUGAAGUUGAGCAACUCGUCCGCGGCCAAGACCAUUAACAGCUGGUGUGGGGUUACAUCCAUGCUGCCCCUCUUGGGCGCACUGCUUGCAGACUCAUAUUUGGAUCGAUAUUCCACCAUCCUGGUUUCUUCUUUCCUCUAUGUUGUGGGGCUUGUGGUUUUAACAUCAACAGCACUCAUUUCAGCAUGGAUACCCAGGAGCAAGACAAGCUCUUCUGCAUCGCUCUAUUGGUCUCUCUAUUUGAUUUCAGUUGGCCAAGGAGGAUAUAACCCAUGCUUACAAGCCUUCGCAGCGGACCAACCGGAAAACGAUGAUGAUGACUUGUCUUGUACAAGCGACGACGACCAGAGUUGUGACAGCAAGAAGAGCCCGUUCUUCCAAUGGUGGUAUUUUGGAAUUUGUAGUGGCAGCCUGUUGGGUGUUUCUCUCAUGUCCUACAUUCAGGACACAAUUGGUUGGGGGUUGGGAUUCGCCAUCCCUACAGUUGCAAUGGUAUUAUCCAUUGCGUGUUUCUCUACUGGAACUCGAUUCUACAUAUAUAAGCAGCAGCCAAAUGGCGGAGACAAGAACAAACUUGAAACUAUCAUCCAAUCCAUCAAAGCAACUGUGUCAAAGAUGGUGAAUGGCAGCAUCACUUUAACCAGCAAAGAAUCUGAUGCUGCCGAGCUUGAGCUACAAGGGAAGCCGCUGUGCAACCAAGAGGUUGAUAGCCCCGGAAGCUUUGAUAAAAAAGAGGCGCAUUUGAUGGACGAUGCAAGAGCAGUAGUGAGGCUCUUACCCAUAUGGGUGAUGCUCCUAGCGUUUGCAGUUAUAUUCCAACUGCCAUCCACAUUCUUCACCAAACAAGGGAUGACAAUGAAGAGGAAAAUCGGAAAAAGCUUCAUAAUCCCUCCUGCAACACUACAGAGCGCCAUAACCAUCUCUAUAAUUCUCCUAAUGCCUUUAUACGACAAGAUGAUCAUCCCCAUGAUGCGGUUUGUCACUAGAGAUGACAAAGGCAUCACUGUGAUGCAAAGGAUGGGAAUUGGAAUGUUUCUCUCUGUCAUCGCAAUGGUCACAGCAGCAGUUGUCGAAGCGAAGAGGCUCGAGAUUAGCAGAUCGCCGGGGGUUCUUGAAUCAGAAACAGUAGUAGUAGUAGUGCCAUUAAGCAUCUUCUGGUUGCUACCUCAGUACAUACUCCUGGGCGUUUCAGACGUUUUCACGGUGGUCGGGAUGCAAGAGUUCUUUUACACCCAAGUGCCUAGUAGAAUCAGAACCAUGGGGGUCGGUCUGUAUUUUAGUGUUUUUGGAGUGGGAAGCUUCCUGAGCGCCCUUCUCAUCUCCGUCAUUGAGAUAGUCACAAGUGCGAGAGGAGGGCAUAGCUGGUUGUCAGAUGACAUGAGAGAAGCCCGGCUAGACAAGUACUAUUGGCUUCUGGCCUCCUCUGGCACCAUAAGUAUGCUACUAUUUACAUGUUCAAGUAAAUAUUACGACAGUGGGAAUAAGAAUGAUAAUGCCUCUGUAAAUGAAAACUGUAAAUGAUCAGCUCCUAGUUUUAACUUGGAGAAACCCUUUCUUUAGCUUUUGUACAAGAAAUAAAAGACUCAUAAUUUAA